GUCUGUAGGAAUUGAUAAAAUCGAUAAGGAAAUAUAAACAGAUGUUGGUGAUUAAAAGGUUGCAGAUCACCUGUCGCGUACACGAUCAACAGGAAGGGGAUCCGGGCGAGGCUCGGAGGACGGAGGACGGAGCAGGGAGCACGCAGCCUGCGAGGACGCCUCACGCCGGCCGCCAGUCGCCGCCCAGCCGCCCUUCGCGACCGCCGUCGCCUACGAGCGCAAUUCGCAGCCCUGUGCCCGCCACACUGCACAAUUUAUGUCCGGUCACGAUCUGAUAUUCAUGUUUUGAGUAUUUUACUGUGAAGACGUUUCGCACGCUAGCAGCGUUGCCAAAUAACUUAAUGUUAUCUUAGAACUGGGGACGUCGAAGUUUACUGAGUGCCAACAGAUAGAAAAGGAUUCUCUUGAACCCUUUUAACGUAUUCCGCUGAAGGCGAGGUACUAAAGAUAUGAUGUACGAUACCUAAUAAGUGUGUAAGUGUCUCAUACAAUGGUUGUACAUUAAGAGAAGCUCGUUUAUACUGAGUGAUAGUAACAAAUGUGCGGCGAGUGGCUGUAAGUGCAGUGAGCCAUGAGUUUCCUGACGUCGCUGGGUCAGUACGUGGCGGGUGUGGCGGACAGCGUGGCCGGGCUGGCGCUGUCGCCACGCCGCGCCCCACCCUCGCGCCAUCGCUCCGCGGAAGAAACGCAAGCGAAGCAGCCGCAACCAUCCACAGCCACUAUGAGAGGUUUCCCACGUGUGUUGCCGACCGAAGGAGCAUCGGCGUUAAGCGCUCGCCGUCGUACUUUGGACUGCCUGGCUCCUGCACCACCGCCACGUCGAGGAGGCUCACUCCGGGUUCCAAGGAACCAACCACCGCCAGAGAAACCCACCAUGGCGUUCUGCAAGCGACGUUUGUCCUGGCCCGAAGUGGACAACUCAGUGAAUUCUGGGGUACAAGAGACGGACGGUUCGUACUUCGAGAGUUUUACGGCAUUGUCAUGGCGACAAGAGAACAGACGAUUAGCUGCAUUGAGGCUAGCCGAGGCGAGAGCGGAGCGGCCGCCGCCGGCGCCGCACGAUCUGGGCCUGCCCAGCGUCCCAGCGCAACUCUCGCACAAAGAACACGAACAUUUGUAUACAGAGGUGCUGUAUUGUAUCGAGAAUGCAGUCGGAGCUCCAGCACCGGACGGGCAAUUCGCAUCCUUUAAAGAUGAGGUGAUAGAAUACGCGCGCCGAGCGUUCAGGAUAUCGCCUGAGGUGCACGCGCGUGCGGUGCGCGCGGCUGGCAGCGAGCGGCCCCCCACCGUGGUCCUCGGAUGUGCCGUCAUCGAAGCUGAUGGACUCGAAGCGAAGGAUGCUAAUGGCUUUAGCGAUCCCUACUGCAUGCUGGGCAUACAGCCGGCAUCUCUACCAGCCUCUCCGCGGGCUUCAGAGGACGAAGGUCGCAAGCACGGUUUUCGCCUGAGUUUUAAACGUCGUGAUGGUCGACAACAGCGAGACAGCCUCGGCAGACUGCCGGCCCGGUACAUACGGGCCACCAGCGUCCGCCAACACACCCUCUCACCCAAGUGGAACGAAACAUUUAAGUUUGAUAUCGACGACAUAUCAUCGGAUGUUCUGCACCUAGACAUCUGGGACCACGAUGAUGAGAGCUCAGUGCUGGACGCGGUGUCCCGCCUUAAUGAGGUGCGCGGAGUACGCGGUCUUGGCAGAUUUUUCAAGCAAGUCUGCCAGAGUGCAAGGCAAGGCAGCCAGGAUGACUUUCUUGGUUGCGUUAACAUCCCACUGCGUGAGAUUCCUUCAACUGGUGUAGAAGCCUGGUAUAAGCUGGAAGCCCGUUCUCAGCGAUCAUCGGUGCAGGGUCGCAUCCGUCUGCGCCUGUGGCUGUCUGCCAGGGAGGCAGGCCGACAUGACGAUGACAACUGGCAACAGGUUCGUCAACACGAGAGGCUUUUUGGCGUAUUAUUGGCGCAUGAAGUGGAGACGGCGGCGAAUGCAACGGGUGCAGAAGGUGAAGCCAGCGCCGCCUUUGAAGGAGAACUCUGCGGUGCAGCCCAGACCCUGCUGCACCAACACGCCAUACAGGGCGACCUUAGCGCGCUACAGGCUGCUAUUGCACGCUUCGCUGCAGCUUGCAGGCUCAACAGUGACGCCCCGGUUGACCCAAAGUACAUGUACAAACUGCUGACCGAGUUGGAAAGGGCGUGGUGCUCGAGCGAGAUUGACGCAGGCGCGGGCGCAGAGUGCGGCGCCACCGUCUCCCGUGACGAGGAGCGCUGGCUGGCCGACUGUUUUGGCGAGCUGGUCGAACGCGCGCUCCACCAACUACGCCUGCACAGGGACCUCUAUCCUGUUCUACAUCGCCUCAGUCUUAACAAGUUGGAAUAUUUAUUACGUUGUUUGAGCCAACUAUCUCAAAUGAAAGCAUUUUGGCGCUGCUGUCCAUUCAACAAAGAAAUCAGGAGUGAAAUAGUGGGCGCCCUACGUAAAGGUACAUCGGAGUGGUACGAAGCUCUUUGUGCUCAAGACACUGAAUCGGAACGGGGCGAAGAUCUCGUCAACUUGAUCACGCUUGUGCAAAUUGAUCUGCAGCAGGGACUCACAUACUAUCAUCCGCUGUUUGAAACAACGAAUAAUGUGCCGUACUUCAGCGUCGUUUUCACACAGAUCGAUAAAAUGGUAUCUGAAGAUAUUAGGCAAUGCGUAGAACAUUGGGUAGCUGAAGGCUGGUGCGGAGUUGCCGAAGAAGAAAUCUAUGACGAACAAGGCAAUGGAGUAAUAUGCGUGGUAUCGGCAAAAACACUCCCAUUUGAGCUACUAGCGGCGGUUCGGGAGCUGUGCGCUGCCGCUGCGCCCGCGCCGCACCCGCACUCCCCGCACGACCCACCCUCGCAGUUGCUUCAAGCUUACAUGUGGUUCGAGCCGCUUAUUGAUCGAUGGCUCGCCGUUACCAAAACUAUGGCGCUGCAGAGAGUGCGCGCCUCCGUCGAACUCGACCGUCCCGUAGAGGGAGAACAUCUCGUGAAACAUAGCACUUCAUCAGUGGACACGGCGGCUUGCCUAUACCACAUGCGACUGGUGUGGCGCGCGAUCGGCGGCGCAGAGGAGGGCACGGCGGGUGGGUCCCUGCGACUCCUGGAGGCGGCCUGCGCCACCGCCCUGCACUACGCGGACCUCGUGCACGGCGCACUAGCUGACCAGGGAUAUUAUGAGAACCACGGUCAAAACAAAACAACGGAAGAAAUAUGUACGAUCGUUAACAAUCUUGAGUACGUCCGCCGCUCGUUAUCCGAAUACGACGAUGAACACAUUGCAAAUGACGACAAUGCUCGUCAACUAGUGCGCGGUGCCCUGGGCACGUUGGAUGCCCGUGCUUGCCGCGCCGCGUUGCCGCUCGCCGCCCGCUCGCGACCACCUCUCCGCAAGGCCGUGUUCCAUCUAGCCUGGUCACCUGACACGCUGCCCACUGCACAAGCGAUAACACCACUGCUGGAAUUCCUGGAUCAACAUCUGUCUUCGCUUAACACUUGGUUGCUUCCGCGUGCGUUUAUUCGCGCUCUGGCGGGCUGCUGGAGUGCUGUCCUUAAAGAAGUAUCAUCGCAAGCUGAUGCAGGCGGCGCAGAAAGACCAAGAGUUUAUCAUCACAGGCUAAGGGAAGCACUUGAUCUACUAGCAGAAUUCUUCCAUGCGGAAGGCAAAGGUUUACCAAUGUCGGAAGUACACAGUGUCGAAUGGUCCCGCGUUGAACAAAGGAUGCAAUACCACCAGGCUCCGACAGAGGAGUUAUUAGAACUCUGGCUAGCAGAUAGACUGGCAGAACAAACGCGCACUCAGUUGCCAUCGCCGUAUGGAUCUAUCCUUGUAAGGGUGUAUUUCAACCACGAUUCGCUGUGUGUGGAGGUGUUGUCUGCCCGCGACGUGAUACCUCUAGAUCCGAACGGGUUGAGUGAUCCCUUCGUUGUGCUUGAGCUGUUGCCAAAACGACUCUUCCCGAAAACACACGAACAAAGCACUAAUGUGCAAAAGAAAACUCUAAACCCGGUGUGGGACGAGUGCUUCGAGUUCGCGGUGUCGCUGGAGUCGUGCCGGUCGGCCCAGGCGGCGCUGUCGCUGUCGGUGUGGGACCGCGACGUGCUGACGGCGGACGACUUCGCGGGCGAGGCGUUCGUCUCGCUGACGCGCGUGCCCGGUGUCAACAGUCACGCGCCCCCCGACCCGCUGCGGCCCAUCGAGCUGCCGCUCAUGCAGCUACAUGACCGAAGUCAUCCCAUUCUACAAAUAUUGGAGUCGCGCACUACAGAUAAACUGGCCAUGGAUUUCAUCAAAAAACAAAAACUCAGAUUCGCUGAACAGUAAAAAAAUAUUAUGAUUUUUGAAAUAGUCAUUAUAAACUUCUGUUUUCUAUUAUGUUUCAUUGUUUCUAUUUACGCACAACGUCCACUAAAAUGUCGACAAUAUUAUAAAGAUAUUUUCGAAAAAGAGUAUAAUAUUUUUAAAGUCUAAAUUUAAUUAUUAUGCGAAUUGUCUAUUUAUUAUAAAUUGUUAAGAUGUAACAACACAUCAGUAUUAAUGUGUAAAAUAUACUACAAAGACUGUGUAAUUCUUCUACUCAUGAGAGAUAUAUAUACAUGGAAAUAUGUAUUUGUGUAUGUGGUCUUUAAAUGCAUUUUAUAUGUGUAUCUAGAUAGUACGCACCCUCGGAGCUUAUGUCCCUAGCUAUUAGUCUCUAUUAGAAGUUCCCGACCAAGUACUUUAAGACUCGUUGCUAUUAUUUCGUCUUACAUAUUAUAUAUAUUAUAUUGUCUAAACAUUAUACAUACCUAUAGAGUACACAUAUUGCGAAAAUAAAAUAACUUUAUAUAUGAACUAUUAAUAUCAGUUUUGUAUUAUUGUUUUAUAUAAUAUUUCCGCAUUAAAUUUUUCGACGCAUUGUUUUAUUGCACAAAACUAUCAAAUCUGUCGAGCCUAAAUAGAUUAUCGAGCAAAUAAAAUUAUUUUAUAUCCUGCACUUCAUGAGCUUGCUUACCGACAUAUUCCUAUGGAUAAAAAAACACGGUAUUUUUCUAUUAGUUUAUAUAUUAUCUUAUUAUAUAAAACAUAUAUCUAUAAGCGUAUAUAACGAGCUUUGGUACUACCGUCAUAUCUUUGUAUUGUAUCACAACACAAUGUCAUGACUGAUUUUCAUGAUUAGGAUGUGUUUUAUAUACGGGAUCCUUCAUCACAAUGUGAACGCUUGCGUAGAUCUCAACUUUUCACCAAUCCUGUCUCAUUAUAGGAACAAAUGUAGAAAUGUACCUUCCGCUGCCGAAAUUCUUUACAGUUUCGCGAAGGACCCCUUUAUUAAUAUAGUUAUUAUACAUAUAUUUUAUAACUUUAUGUGACAAAUGUUCACUGUGUAGGUAUACAAGUCGUAUUGUAUUAUGAUAGAAAUAAAUUGUAUUUCGAUGUUUUGAUUAGUGAUCAAAUAUGCCAUACAAUUGUUUGUGUAACUCUAUCGUAAAUAUAUUACAAUUUAUUUAUAAUAUUGUGCUAGGAAAAGGGGAAAGACAAGCGUAGGCAUUGAAAGAUAUGCUUGUAUUGUAUGUUAUGUCCAUGAAGUUAAAAACAAUCUAGCAUCUUUAUCAGUUUGGCUGUUCGGUGGCCUAGACGGUUUUUCAGUUAAAAUAGUAAUUUGUCACAAGAGUCACUACAUUUUAUUUUAUCAAGAUAUUGUCUAUUACGAUAUAAAACUAUAAUUUUUACAUUAAGCCACUGGUAAAAAAAAUUAUAUAAAUGAGUAUAUCUUCCUGUUAACAUGGCACACGGUUAUUACGUAAAGCAUAAAAUAUAACAUCUGAAUAUAAUGAAUGUAUAUUACAUAUUACAGACUGCAUGCUUGUAUCAACCGCAUACAUAAUUUAUUAUAUUAUCCACAAUGUCUUCUUUAUAAAAUGGUAUAUUAAUGUUUAUUAAAUAAAUGAACUAAACCAUAUCCAAUUUUGAAUCCGAUCAUAUCACAUUGAGCUGUAUGCACAGACGUAUUUAUACAUAUUUUGUAUAUUACUAUCCUGUCUAAGAAUUAAAACUAUUACGAAAUUUUAUAAAACGAAAUGUAUUCGAACAUACAUUGAUUCAAAGUCGAGAAAUCUUUUACCCAGGUAUUAACAUAUAAUCAAAAAUCCUUCAUAUCAAAAAAUAUUCUUUGGCAAACUAGACCAUUCCAAAAGUCAAUUAUUUAAAAAUAGGCUAUUCAGAUAAAAUUAUUUUACAUUCGAUAUAACAAAGUAGAUAUUUUAGAACAUAUUGCUAAUGUGGCAGGUACUGCUAUGAUUUUUUUAAAAAUAAAAUCCAUUUACAAAUUGUAAUUUUUGUAUAAAGGAGAAUGCCCAUUUUUG